AUCAUCAUCGUCAUGAGAGGCCAUUCUUACCCCAGGGAAGAAGAGGGCGAGGGUGAGGGCGGCGGGUCCGGAGGGGGAUGGAGGGACCGCUUGGCCGGCCUUAAGCGGGUCGGUGUGUCGGCUUUGCCCUUCUUCCAAGAGCAUCUCGGCUGCCUUCCCGGAGGGCCGGGCGUGUAACGGCAGGAGACCCCCCCCGCCCCCUGUAAGCGGGGAGGGGGCUGAUGGAAAAACCCACCUGCUGGGCUUCUCCGGGGUUUUGUCUGCAGGGAUCGGAGCUGCCCCCGGGCGGGAUUUAAAUCCAGAGCGUCUCGGUCCCGCCUGCAGUUUCGCUCCCUAGAGGGAGAUCAAUCAUGUAUUGGGUAACCCAUAUAUAAGGUAAAGGUAAAGGUUCCCCUUGCACAUACGUGCUAGUCGUUCCCGACUCUAGGGGGCAGUGCUCAUCUCCAUUUCAAAGCCGAGGAGCCAGCGCUGUCCGAAGACGUCUCCAUGGUCAUGUGGCCGGCAUGACUAAAUGCCAAAGGCGCACGGAACGCUAUUACCUUCCCACCAAAGGUGGUCCCUAUUUUUCUACUUGCAUUUUUAACGUGCUUUCUAACUGCUAGGUUGGCAGAAGCUGGGACAAGUAACAGGAGCUCACCCCGUUACGCGGCACGAGGGAUCUGAACCGCUGAACUGCCGACUUUUCGAUCGACAAGCUCAGCAUCUUAGCCACUGAGCCACCACCUCCCUUAUAUCCAUAUAUAGAUAUGCCUUUAAAAUGAAUGCUUAACCUGAUUAGUUAUAAACUUGGUAGUUCAUUUCCACAACAUGUAAAUUCUUAGAUAGUUUUAAUCUUCAUUCUUUGCACAUCGAUGAACCCUAGUUAGGUCAGUUUAAUGCUUUAAUGCAUUGGGUAAAUCCUCUACCCCACCUUGUAAGCAAUGCCCUCAAGUCCAGCUGAAUUUCUGCUGAAUUAUGUGAGCAUAUCCAUGCAAUGCAACUGAAGUAGUUCAUAUUUCUUUUAAUCUUGUCCAGACUAUAUUCCUGGAAAUCAUUUCGUUUUUGAUUCCAGAUAACAACAUCCAGGUGCUGCCACCUGGUGAUUUGGAAAAAGCUUACUGUAAUUUAAUUUGCAGACUAAGGAAAAAAAAUGACAAAUCACUUCUGCAUUGCUGCAGAUAAUAUGUCCAGUGAGUGUUGUGCAUGAGGGAUCCUUUGCCUUUAGUACUUUUAAGAAUCAACAGAAUAAUUGUUUCAGUAAUUAGGGUUAAGUGUGUUCUAUACACAAGCCAGUGUUAACUUCACAAUACCACCCUUAGAUUGAUUAGGAUGCGAAAUAGCAAUUCACUCGGUGAACAGUAUAUUUCAUUUUCUUUUCCUGAUUGUGAGAGAAGAGAAUAGAAUAGAAUAGAAUAGAAUAGAAUAGAAUAGAAUAGAAUAGAAUAGAAUAGAAUAGAAUAGAAUAGAAUAGAAUAGAAUAGAAUUUUUUAUUGGCCAAGUAUGAUUGGACACACAAGGAAUUUGUCUUGGUGCAUAUGCUCUCUGUACAUAAAAGAAAAGAUCAUCAAGAAUUCUAAGGUACAACAUUUAAUGAUAGUCAUAGAGUACAAAUAAGCAAUCAGGAAACAGUAUCAAUAUAAAUCAUAAGGAUACAAGCAACAAAGUUACAGACAUACAGUCAUCAGUGGGAGGAGAUGGGAGAUGGGAAUGAUGAGAACAUUAAUAGUAGUGUGCAGAUUUAGUAAAUAGUUUGACAGUGUUGAGGGAAUUAUUUGUUUAGCAGAGUGAUGGCGUUUGGGAAAAAACUGUUCUUGUGUCUAGUUGUUCUGGUGUGCUGAUAAAAACUAUAGUGCUGCUAUAUGUCUGAGAAUAUAUUUUGCGGAACAAAUCUGAAUUUGUUUUCAUGAAAAUACACAAGAGGUCUGAAAUUGCUUAAGUAUGGAACUGUGCUGUUAAAAUGCACAUUUGAGGACGAAUGUGCAUUUUAACAGCCCAGUUCCAAACUUAUAAUAAACCUUAUGUCACAAUUAAGCAAGCAGGCAGCAGGGUCAUACUGCCAUUCUAUGCAGAUGUCCAUGGAGAUAAAGCUGAUUAAAAGCAAGAUCUAUUUAUAGUAUUGGGCUAUGAGACAAUAUUUUAGAACAGAAGAAAAAAUUAUUCAUUUUUAAAAUGUAAUAAAUAAUCUAGUGCCUACUAACUUUUAUUACUCGGGAUGCCCUGGAUUGUAUGUUUUCUAAUCUGUUCACCUAUUCGGUUGUUAUCAUGAUGUUCUAGAAUGAAAACAAGUAAUCUCCUGUUAUAGAAGCAGCUUUAGCUCUGAAUAUAUUGAGGGGGGCUUAUAUACAAAGGAUUACUUAUUUUUCUAACCAACUGCAAUCCUUUGUGCAUCAAAUGGAAGUAGACAUGCCUGGGGAAAAAAACAUCACUUAUUCUUGGAAUAGUCAUCUCAGAUCUCUGCAAGAAAUAGAAAUUGAUUAAUCAAUUAAUAAUUUUGCACAGUGGUUUUAUUUUGGAGGUUCUCUGGGGUUAGUGUUCAAAUGCUACAAUAUUGUAUGACAAGCUGAGACGGACUGCUCUCUAGUUCAUCUCUGCUGAGCUUGCUUGUAUCUUGAACCAAUCACUUUUCUUUCAGGUUCGCUUCCUUCACAGAACUGAUGUGAGGCAAAUGGAGAAAACAUUAAACUUGCACUGGGGUGCUUGGGAGAAAUGUGUGAUCUAAAUAUUUAGUCUUUUGGGGGGGGGAUGAACUUCCAGGAUUUUUCCAGAUUUGACCAAACUGUCUCCUUCGAUAAACAGAGGAGAUAACUAAGUUAGUUAAAAGGAGAGAGAGGUUUUAUACAAUAUAAAAGAUCCAAUAUUUUCUGAUUUAAACAUUGGCUUUUGAAACCUGACUUAUCUUCCACAGGAGAUGCAGUGUUCUGCCUUCUUUCGUGAGCUGCGACUUACUCGGUCUUAAUAUCUCUGCACCCGAUGCAAGUGGGACGAUGUAGCUAUUGUGGCUGUUCAGAGUUUAGAUUCCCAGAUUUGGAAGCUUCAUAAUUUACACUAUCUGCAUAAAUGACAUAUGGAGGAGAAUCAAGGAUCAUCUACAAGGCAGUUCCAGCACAGAAAUUGGAAAUUCUGAAAUUCAGACCUUUUACAUGUCCUUCCUUGUAUUUCUACUGCUUGCGUUUGGACUUCGGCGGCCCUGAUCUCUGCUGUAUAACCUGCCGACGAGACAUUUCAGGUUUUCCUUGGUAGAAAUGAGGCGGGAUAGGCCACAAGAACGGGCAGCUAGCUGGCCAGCAGAGCAUAUCAAGGUGCUCCUUGCCCUCUGGACUGAGGCAGCAGUCACUCAUGACCUUAGCUCCCACGGGAGGAACCGUGCAGUCUAUGAUGGCAUUUCUCAGCGUCUUGCCGAAAUGGGCAUUUAUCGGACUGGGGACCAAUGCCGUGAAAAAAUGAAAGGCUUGAAAGUGGCUUACCGCAAGGCUAAGGAAAAUAACUCUGUGGGACGGCCGCCUAUCAAAUGUCCCUUCUAUGAUGAAAUUGACCAGAUAAUGACACAGUAUAUAAACUGCAGGCCCGGUUUUCCCUCCGAGGCUGGCGAAGGGCCCAGUAUCACUGCAGACAGACAGGAAGGCCUCUCCAUCUCUGAGCCCUGGGGGACCCAAUCCAGCAUCUCUGAGCGUUGGGCGUCCCAGGCCUCUGGGCAUUGGCUGUCCCAGACUGCAGCCUCUGAAAGCCAAGGGACCGAUGAAUUCAGCUACACCCAGGCAGAGACUCAUGAUGCUUUUGGCGAGAUCCAAGUCAUCCCAGUUCAAGUGAAGGAAGAGGAAUCCGAAGAUGAAAUCUCACCUGAGCUGGAUGUGGCCUCUCCUAUGCUAAUGGAGAUCCAACCUCCACCCAGGCAGCUCAUCUCCAUGCUUGACCAGCGUCCCCAUCUUCGAACCCGGAAACAAAAAGUUCAGGGGGAUGGGCCGUCAAGGGGUGCUGGCCAGAAGUGCAUCCGUUCACAUCAGUCGGAGCUGCAGAGAAUGCAGAAACAGGUUGCCCUCCAAGCUGAGGAAAAACAGAGUUUAGCGGAGUUCAUCCAGCACGACAAGGAGAUGCGGCGUGAGGAUAGGGAGUUCCAAGCCCAGCUCUUUGAGAAACUUUUUCAGAAGCAAACCGAGCUUGUCCAGGUGCUAACUCAGCGGUCUCCUGCCAGCCCUAGCUCUCCUGACUGCGCUAAUCCAUUGCAGGCCAUGCAGAUGUCCACGAAGAAUGGAGCAGGAACAGCCGCGGGGCCUAGCUCAGCCCUGCAGGCUGUAUUAGAACAGAUCAUGCAGUCCGACCUACCGGGGAAGAGUCUAAAUAGACUUGCAGUGAAAGAAGCACUCGGAGGAAGAGUUAAGGUGCCUCCUGAAGUGCAGUAUUGGACUGCCGAAGAGAUACUGAGGUGGCUCUUGUCCCAGCAGCCUCCUGCAGACCACUGUCAGGAAAUGCUGUCGGGCCCAAGGCUGCCUUUCGUUGCAGGGCACCUGGGAGCAGCAGGGAAAGGUGAUAACGCAGAGGCACAUCUCUCCGGUUUGAAUCCAUUAUGUGAUUCGUACCAGACUUCUCAGCAGCCAGGUAGAGACCAGCUCCACAGCAAGGCCCAACACCUGUGCGCCAGCAAUUGCGCCAAAGCACUUGAAACAGACGUAGACUUAGAGACCCGCCGACAAUCUUUCAGGCAGUUCCAUUAUCAGGAGGCCCAGGGACCCCAAGAAGCAUACAGGUGUCUCUGGCGGCUUUCCCACCAGUGGUUAAGGCCGGAAGCGCGCAGCAAAGAGCAAAUUAUGGAGCUGCUAGUGGUCGAGCAGUUCCUGAACAUCCUCCCUGAAGAGAUCCAGACCUUGGUACGCGAAUGCCAGCCAGAAAACGGCAAGGAAGCGGUGGCCCUGGCAGAGAGAUUCCAGCUCCAUUUCGAGUCCAAGAGGCAACGGGACCAAGUACGUGUUACCUCUGAUAACCUGGUUGUCGAUUCCCCUCGAGAAGACUUGAAUGAAGAGCAGAGACAACCCUGCAUAAAAGACAGUCGAGAAAAUCCUAGGAAAGUUGGCUUACUUGGUACAGAAACGCAUCUCCAGCUGAGGAAGAGAGCCAGAUCAGAUCCCAGGGAGCAGAUUGUGCCCAAACAGGAUGGAGAACACGGCGUGGCAGCAGCCAAGCAGAUGAAGUUGAACAACAGCGUAGAAGAGCAAGAAAUGGCUGAAACUAGAAAGAAAGCAAAAGAAAUGCCCGUCUCCGUGCCAAAGAAGCAAGCUGGGAAAGCCAAAAUGCGGGGAAGAUCUGUUCCCAGUUAUAACACGACUGGGGAAAACCAGGCGGAGGGGGAAGCUAAGACGAAAGGCAGCGGCCGAGUUUCAGAAGCUGUGAAUGGGAUUCUGCACGAGCAGAAAGCAUCAGCUAGUCUUGGGUCAUCUCAGCUGGUUUUCGACAAGGAUGCAACUGUCUCCAGCCCCCAACCCGACCACGAUGGUCACGGGUCUCCUGACAUAGACAGGCCUUCAUUUAGUGACAGCAUUGACAUUUUACUGGAUUCUCCCUGGAGUGGAAACGGCAGUGGUGACACAGCCCAAGACGGGGGGCCCGGUUCCAGGAUGCUACCCCCCUGUGUGGGUUGUACCGUGUUGAAGGCUGAGUUGGAUACAGUCCGCGAAGAGCUCCGAUUAACCCAAGCUUCUACACUGUAUGGUUUGAGCGGCACCUCUUUGCAGGACUUAUCAGAGGCUCUUGGCACUGUUGUACGGGUCCUGAACAACACAAAAUCUUUGCCAGGAAUAAACACACCCCAGGACAUUGCUGAAAUCCCUAGCAGGCCAGUAUGGCGAGAAAGAAAUCAUCUCUGAAUCCUUGCAUGGGCCGAAUGUACUCCCCCGAAUCAAGAAAUUCAGCAGCAAUAUUAGAAGCGCCCGAUUUAAAAGGAGAGUGAAAAGCACCCUUUGCUCUUGAUUGCCUGAGACUUACAACUAUCCUUGCCCGUCAUUCCCUAUCCCUUCCCCCAUCCUGUUGGAUUGCUUAGACUACAGCAGGCUCUGAUCCAGAUGCCUUUUCCCUGCUAUGGUGCAAAUGUUGUCAAUUCCUUUACCUUUUUCACUGUUACCCUUGUUUUUUUGUUUUUGUUUUUAUACUGUAGUAAUCUCUUUCUUCCCUUUCCUGCUUGAGUUUAAAUAAAGCAACUGGGAAUGAUUCACUGUACCCUUGAUG